AUGUUCUAUUUUAUUGAACCUGAGACAUUAUCUUCACCCGAAAAGAUUCCAAAAAGGAGAAAGCCUAAUAUGUUCAUAAUGUAUCGCAAAGAUAUGAUGAAAUAUAAACCCCAUAAUAUGCCUAUGACAAAAUAUAGCAAGUUAGUAUCUGCAUGGUGGAAAAAUAUUCCUGCGGAAGAAAAAGCAAGAUUGCAAAGACGUUAUCAAAUAGAUAGAGAUCAGAAAUUGCAAGAGUACGCGCGCAAUAAAAUUGAAACAAAAGUUCCUUUGAAAAAUGACCCCGUAAACGAAUCAAAUGAUGAAUUAACGGCGAAAAAUAAAAGUGCUCCCGUAAACGAAUCCUAA